AUGAUUGACUUCUCUGACUGUCUCUUGCAAGCUGAUCUUUUUGACUUGCGUUACCAAGGAGUUUUCCACACCUGGUUCAAUAAACAGCCUGCUUCUCCUAUCACCAAAAAACUGGAUAGACUCCUUGUAAACCAAGCCUGGAUCUCUUACCUCCCCCAUAGCCUUGCUACCGUCCUCCCACCAAAUAUCUCUGAUCACUCCCCCUGUUCCCUCGACCUUGCUUUGCCCCUCCCUAUAGCCGGAACUAAGCCAUUCAAAUUCUUCAACUUCCUCACCCUUCACCCGGAUUUUGUUCAGACGGUUGUGGACUUUUGGAUUCAGGCCGGAGGACAUGCAACUUUCCUUGGAGAUCUUUGCUGGAAGCUCAAACAAUUAAAACCAAUUCUCAGAAAACUCCACAAAAAUAACUUCUCAAAAAUUCAAAAAAGAGUUACCAUUGCUAAUAGUGUGUUACAACUUGUGCAGGCUGAGCUUCUCCAAUCUCCUACACCAGAGUUGUUUCAAAAAGAAAAAGAACUUCACGAGAAAUGGGAAUUUUUGAGGAGGAUAGAGGAAGCGUACUUUCGCCAAAAAUCGAGAAUUAAUUGGCUAAAAGAAGGGGAUCUCAAUACCUCAUACUUCCAUCGGAUUUGGAAAGUUCGCACUGCUGUCAACUCUAUCAGAUCAUUCUUGUUGCCUAAGAGGAUUCUUCUAAUUGAUCCUAUCGCUAUGGGGGAGCUGGCAGUAGCUCAUUUCAAAUCCAUUCUAGCUCCAGAAAAUACUCCAUCAACCAUAUCAACUCCAAACUGGUUCCACUCUCUCUUAGACUUCCGUUGCACUCAACAACAAUGUGAGUCCCUCUCUGCUCUUCCUACUCGUGAAACUCUUGAGAAGACUCUGCUGAGGCUGAAUCCCAACAAGGCUCCGGGGCCUGAUG